AUGUCGGGCGAGCAGCACACCAUCGACGAGCUCCUCCGUCGCUACCUGAAGCUUCUCGACGAGUAUACCCACCUGCGGCAAGAGCUGCAAGGGCUCCAGGCUGCUGUGUUCCAGCAACUCGCGCGGGCAAACUUCUCGGCAGAAAGAGGGCUGAGGUAUGGGAUGGAUCAAUACGACGCACGGAUGCAGGCGCAGAGAGUUCUGAGGAUCCAAGCGGGCGAUCAUGGCCCAACGAGCUUCUCGGUUGAGCUGCCUGCUUCACAGCCCGAAUGCGAGAAGACGCCUGGGCUCGAACACAAAUCAGAGGCGGCAGAAAUUGAUGAUUCAAGACCUGAAGAGUCGGACGAUGAUACGACGCCAAAGCAGCCGCCGCCCGGGUCCCAAGAUCCCCUCCGCUGGUUCGGCGUCCUUGUCCCGCAGCCGCUGCGCGCCGCUCAGAGCCUGUCGAUUGAGGCCGUGGAACGCGUCCUGCCGCGACUGGCUUCCAUCGAGGCCGAAUUGCUGGCCGUGGAGAUUGAGGUGAAGAGGGCGAGGAAGCGGAGGGCCAAGGCGGCGGCCGCCGCGGAAAGGAGCAAGCUCGAGCAUGAUAGCUCAGAGGCUAGGAGGACCAGGUUCACGGAGACGGUUGAUGCAAGAUGA